UUACCAAAGUGAGGCAUCCACAUCUUGUCAAUCUCUUAGGAGCCUGCGAUGAAGUGGCUGCUCUUGUGUACGAAUAGUUACCUAAUGGAAGCCUUGAAGACCGUCUUUCCUGCAAGGGUAACACCCCUGCACUCACAUGGCAAGUCCGAACAAGGAUCAUUGGUGAGAUUUGUUCUGCACUAAUCUUCCUUCACAGUCAUAAGCCCAAGCCGGUUGUCCACGGUGACCUUAAGCCUUCCAACAUCCUCCUUGAUGCUGAUCUAGUGAGUAAGCUUGGAGACUUCGGCAUCGCUCGGUUUCUUGUCCCGUCUGAAACCAGUACCAUGGUCCACCUUACUGACCAUCCGAUUGGGACAAUGUUCUACUCAGACCCAGAAUACAUGGCCCACAGUGAGCUGACCUCAGGAUCAGACACCUACUCGUUUGGUAUCAUCAUCCUACGCCUCUUAACAGGGGGACACCCAAGGGAGAUAGUGAAAAGAGUGGAGGAUGCAAUGAUCAACGAUGAACUGCACACGAUCAUUGACAGAUCCGCCGGUGAGUGGCCCUUUGUGCAAGCGCAGCAGCUUGCCCGCAUCGGUAUGAGAUGUGCUGCGGAGAAAAGGAGGCGCCGAGCGGAUCUUGCCACUGAUGUGUGGCUGGUGGUUGAGCCGAUGAUGAAGAGUGCCUCCUUAUCAUCGUGUCCGUCAACAUCUUCAUCAAUUCAGGAUGAAAGCAGCGUGCCACAUUACUUUUUAUGCCCCAUUUUGCAGAAUAUUAUGAGGAAUCCGCAUAUCGCAGCGGAUGGUUUCACCUAUGAAGCUGAUGCAAUAAAGGACUGGCUUGAAGCCCGUGACACGUCACCCAUGACCAAUCUAGCACUUCCCAGCCGUUCAACAAUUCCAAAUUCCGCUCUUCGCUCAGCCAUUCAAGAACAUCUUCAGCGUGGGCCGUGAUACAGGCCCCUCGUUUUGGGAGUUUAUAUGCCUUCAUCUAUAUGAUUCUUGAUUCACGUCUGCUUGAAUCCUGAUUCCUGAAGGGGAUGCAAGAAAGCUAGAAACUUUCCUUUUCUUUGACAUGCACCUACAAA